UUUUGAAAAAACAUCAAAGGGGCCAAAAAUGCAAUUUCCACUCAAAGACAAAAAACGCCAAACACAGGAAAGUCGAAACUUGGCCUUAGGGUGAGUGCCAUAUGAUAUCACUUCUCUCUUGAAUACUUUGCAUAAAAAUGAGCACCUUUUGCAUUUGAGAAUGAGCGCCAAAGAACCUGUGGAGAUUUUUACUGUGGCCAGUGUGGGAAACGCAGGUCUUUUUUGCUUCAUUGUAGGAAAACAAGUAUAGAAUGCUUGAAGAAAAAGUAUAUUUCUGUCAUUAACAGCUCACCUCUCCAGGCUAAGGGUGGGGAUGGACAAAAAAAUAAAUGCUGCUGUAAAACAGGACCAGUUCUGUCACUCACUAUAUACCUGAUAAACCUGUUCCUUGAUCUAUGCUGUAUACUAGUCAUAAAAUCUAGGAACCCGUUGAUUUACUGAAAAAAAAAAAAAAACAAAUGGAAAGUUGUGUCAAUGUGUGGAAUCAAUGAGCGGCAGGCACAGAGACAUUGCUCUGUCACAGAGGAGGAGGAGGAGGCUUUCCCAGAGUUACUGGAAUGCACAGCAACAGCCAGGGUGUGCCUAUCGCUCGCUGACUGACUGACACACUGGGGAUUUACCACAGAGGAGUGAAGUACAAGCAGCAACCUGUGACAUGCAAUGGUGGACUCCUUCAAACCGAAUAUGAUGGAAAUGUAAGAAACAUGCAGGAGCCAGUUCACAUUUGUAUCCAAGACAUGGACAAGGAAGACAUUUUGGUUGAAGAUUACAGAAACGGAGAUAAUAAUGUUGAAGUUUUUCAUGUCAACUUUCCUACUCCGGAUCCACAUACAAAGCGCAGUGAACUAUGUCUAAACAGUUUAAAUGACGGGCCCAAUGUGAAAGAUGAACAUCUCAUAUUGGAUACUAUUAAGACCAAUGUAGAAAAACUGCACAGAAAAGUAAAUAUCCCACCACUUGUGUUAACAGAGGUAGAUGGAAUCUACAGUACACCAUUCCAAUUUGAUAGACAAGCACCUGCCAGAAUAUCUACUUCCCCAACGUUGAGGAGGCUGAGGAAAAAUACUAUAGCAAACUACACGUCAUUGCAGGAUGUUUUUGAUGUCUCUAAGUUUCCAAUUCAUAAAGAGGAAUGUAUUGAGGACAAUGUAUCUUGUGUGUCCCAAAGCUUAGAAGACCAUUUGAAAACUGAUGACCAUUUAGUGAACCCUGUAGACCGUUCUGUCCACACCAAUUAUACCGAUGAUGAAAAGUCACCUAAACACAGCUACAAUGGGACAACUUCUACCGUAACUAAAGGAGAGCCUGAAAUAUCCAAGAUAAAGGCGUUCCACCAGUCACGGAAGUAUGAGCGAAGACGUAGUUCUGUGGUAUUAAGUAUACCUGGACUGGAAGUGUUCCCGGGAGAUCUUCUGGUUUCAGAUGGUGCUUCUGAUUACAUGUAUCCGGCCUCAUGGCUUCCUAACAGUGAUGCCAAGAAACCAAAGUGGCCUUUCUCUAAGAAAGCAUCGUUCAUCAAAGGCAAACAGAAGCAGAGUUAUGAUUUGGAGAGCUGUCUAUCAAUGUUUAAGGUCCCAGAUUUCACUGAAUAUGAAUUCUAUAAUAUUAAGGAUAAAACAUGGGAUGAAUUCAGAAACAUGCAGACCAUUGAGAAUAAACAGAUAACAAGUGGUUCCAACAGAAAAAGACUAGAAUCUAUCUGGGAACUGUUUACAUCUGAAUGUACUUACUUUUUGGAACAUCUACUAGUUCUUAAAAUGAUAUUUCUUCACGCACUUAAGCACUUACAGAACAAUGAUUAUCUAUUGGAUGUGGAUCCAGUUAGACUCUUUGCCAAUUUGGAAGAGCUUAAUCAGGAAAGCCUAAAUUUUGCUACAAGCAUGUUUCACAAUAUUAAAAGCAGAGAACUUGGAUCUGCAUCUUCCUUCUCAUUGCCACUAGCAGACUUACUAACAAAGUAUUUCAAAGAUAAUUUCUGCUUAAGUCAUCAGAUCUACUGCCUGAAUUACACAUCCGCUAUUAUCUACCUAGAGACACUAAAGCAAAAAGAAGAUUUUGCAGCAUAUAUAAAAUGGUGUGAACAACAGGAACAGUGUAGGCGGCUGCACCUCACCGAUUUGCUGGUAGCACCGUUACAUCGACUCACCAGAUAUCCACUGCUCCUAAAGAACAUAUGGAGAAAAAGUAAUGAUGCUGCAGAGAAAGUGUCCAUCUAUUCAAUGAAGGAGAAAGUUGAAAGUUCUAUAAGAGAUCUUGAAGGGAGAGUGAAAUGGUUGGAUAAGUCACAGAAAUUCAAACAACUUCAGGAUGUAAUUGUGUGGCCAUCUCUAUGGGAGAGAGACAAAAGAUUCUUCAUCCCAGAGGGCCUGAAGCACUAUUUUAAGGACACCAAUGUAGAGACCAUCCUUUCUUCUCCCAAUAGACAGCUUCUCUAUGAGGGGAGACUCACCCUCACAGACAGCACACGUCUCCUGGAUGUUUACCUACUCAUUUUUGAUGACUUUUUGCUCAUUACAAAAAUUAAAAGAAACAAACGGAAAUCCUCAAAUAUAGAAGUUAGUACAAUUUAUACAUCUUUACACCCAGAGCUGCAGUCCAUAAUGAAAGAAGGAGGGUAUUGUAAGGUUCUGGACCAACCAAUCCCACUCGACAGGUUGACUGUUAAAAGCAUCGAUCUUUUCCACAUGACAGUGUAUGGAAUGAAGCAUGCCUUUUUGAUCCAGCAUGAGAAUCGCUAUCAGCAGUGUAUUGCUGCCUUCAUUCUGCAAGCAAAUACUGAGUCAGCUAAGAAAAUGUGGAUGUCGCAACUCGAAACUGCCAUUUCUUGCUACAGUGAAGCCUAUGAAUCAAACAGAUCAUCAUUAUUUGGCUACCCAAUGGAGUCGGCUGAAAUCUAGUGGUGUUGUAUAUAGGAGAUCUGGAUUCAAUGUAAAUGUUUUGUCAACUGUUUUAUAAGUGUGCUUUGUCUUUGCCAAAAUUUGUAACAUAUUGCAAAUAUUAUGUAACUACUUUUGCAUUGUUUUUUUAUCACUUGACAUUUAGAUAAUUUAUAUAACUCUAGUAAUAAUUUGCCCAAGCUGCAGUGUUUUUUCUUUUUGUAUGGUAAAAUGAGAUGGUUUGCAUGUUCAGGUCAAAUAAAGUUGCACAUGUUCA